AUGAAGCUCAUCAUAGGCAUCGGAGGCGUGACCAACGGUGGGAAGACCACCCUGACCAACGGCCUCCUCAAGGCGCUGCCCAACUGCUGCGUGAUCCAUCAGGAUGACUUCUUCAAGCCCCAGGACCAAAUUGCAGUCGGGGAGGACGGCUUCAAACAGUGGGACGUGCUUGAGUCCCUGGACAUGGAGGCCAUGCUCAGCACUGUGCAGGCCUGGGUGAAGGAUCCACACAAGUUUGCGCGCGCUCACGGCGUCAGCCUACAGCCAGGUGCCUCGGACACCCACAUACUCCUCCUCGAGGGUUUCCUACUGUACAGCUACAAGCCCCUGGUGGACUUGUACAACCAACGCUACUUCCUGACCGUGCCGUAUGAGGAAUGCAAGCGGAGGAGAAGAAGCCGUACUUACAUGGUCCCUGAUCCUCCUGGCCUCUUUGAUGGUCACGUAUGGCCCAUGUACCAGAAGUAUAAACGGGAGAUGGAGCGAGACCGAGUGGAAGUGGUCUAUUUAGAUGGCACGAAGUCCCGUGAGGGACUGGUCCAUCAAGUUCUGGAGGAUGUUCAAAACAGACUGCUUAACACAUCCUAG